AUGGCAACCAAGACAACCUACAUUAUUGGGAGCCGUAAAUCACAACUUGCCCUCGUGCAAACUCAGCAGGUGCACGAUGCACUCGCCGCUGCCUAUCCGUCACUCACUUUUCCUAUAACUUCUAUGACCACUGUAGGAGAUCAUAUUCUAAACCAACCACUGUUUCAAAUAGGCGAGAAGUCGUUAUUUACCAAAGAAUUGGAAAUUGCCUUGCAAGACAAAGUAGUCGAUUUUGUAGUUCAUAGUCUCAAAGACUUGCCCACUAAUUUACCAGAUGGUAUGACUAUUGGGGCUAUAUUGAUGAGAGAAAAUCCUAAAGAUGCCUUGGUUAUAAAAAAAGGAUUGACUGCGAAAGGAUUGGAAGAUCUACCCAAAGGCAGUGUUGUGGGAACGAGUAGCGUGAGGCGCAUCGCGCAGUUGAAGAAGGCAUUUCCGGAUCUUGAGUUUCAGAAUGUUGUGUAUGCCCCAGAUGGCCCAUAUUCGGCUAUAAUUCUUGCGGUAGCCGGUCUCGUCCGUCUUGGGCUUGAUGAUCGUAUCACGCAGAUCCUUCCCGAGUCCGUCAUUCUUCACGCUGUUGGUCAGGGUGCAUUGGCGAUUGAGUGCCGUGCGGAAGAUGCAGAUGUUUUGCAAUUGAUCUCUGUCCUUGAUGACCGCGACACUCGACUACGGUGCACUGCCGAACGUGCACUUAUGAGAAUGCUCGAAGGAGGGUGUAGUGUUCCAAUAGGCGUUAGUACCGAAUUUCUAGACGGUCAAGAUGAGAAAAAAAUAUUAAAGCUAAGAGGAUUAGUGGCAAGAUUAGAUGGAUCGGAGGUUGUAAUUAGUGAAGCGACAAAGGAGAUCGACGGCGACGGAACUGAAGCGGCGACUGAGCUGGGACAAGAGGUGGCGAAAUCUUUGGCGGAAAAGGGGGCAGAUAGAAUUCUAGCCGAGUUAACAAAAUCGCGUAAAUAG